AUGUGUGACCUCAUGUCUGCGCCCGUUGACCGGCCUAUUAAACUCGGUUAUGAAAUGGAGUCUUCUGAGGAUGAAAAGAAGAAAAGGGUUGGGUCUAUUAAGAAAGUGGCAUUGAGUGCCUCAAGUAAGUUCAAGAAUUCCUUCACCAAGAAGGGAAGGAAGCAUAGCAGGGUUAUGUCUAUUUCUAUUGAAGAUAAUUUUGAUGCAGAAGAGUUAACCAUUGUUGACGCUUUUCGGCAAGCACUCAUCUUGGAAGAGCUCUUGCCCUCAAAGCAUGAUGAUCCUCAUAUGAUGCUAAGAUUUUUAAGGGCAAGAAAAUAUGAUAUAGAGAAAACAAAACAAAUGUGGUCAGAUAUGCUUAAGUGGAAAAAGGAGUUUGGUGCUGACACUAUCAUGGAGGAUUUUGAAUUCAAGGAACUUGAUGAAGUUCUAAAAUACUAUCCACAAGGGCAUCAUGGAGUUGAUAAAGAUGGAAGACCUGUUUACAUUGAAAGGUUAGGCCAGGUUGAUUGCAACAAGCUGUUGCAAGUAACAUCGGUUGAACGUUAUCUCAAGUACCAUGUCCGAGAGUUUGAGAGGGCUUUUGCUAUUAAGUUGCCUGCAUGUUCAAUUGCAGCAAAGAAGCACAUUGAUCAAAGCACAACUAUCUUGGAUGUGCAAGGAGUGGGUCUUAGAAGUAUGAACAAAGCUGCAAGGGAUCUCCUCCAGAGGCUUCAGAAGAUUGAUGGUGACAACUAUCCUGAGUCGUUGAAUCGUAUGUUCAUCAUCAAUGCUGGUUCUGGAUUUAGGCUAUUGUGGAACACUAUUAAGUCAUUCCUUGAUCCCAAAACCACCUCAAAAAUCCAUGUGCUAGGUAACAAGUACCAGAGCAAGUUGCUAGAAAUCAUUGAUGCCAGUGAACUUCCAGAGUUCUUGGGAGGUACUUGUACUUGUGCAGAUAAAGGUGGAUGCAUGCUAUCGGACAAGGGUCCAUGGAAUGAUCCAGAGAUCUUGAAGCUGGCUCAAAAUGGUGUUGCAAAAUGCACAACAAAAGCUUUAUCCGGAAUCAAAGAGAAAACAAUCAAACAAGAGGAGACUACAUAUCAGAAGGGAUUCAAAGAAUCAUAUCCAGAGACUCAUGAUGUUCAUUGUUUAUCCAUGGAUACACCAAAAUCCUAUGCUGUUGCAAAGAAAUGUGGUGUUUAUCAAUAUGAUUCCUUUGUUCCAGCACUUGGCAAAGAAGUGGAUUCAUCGUGGAAGAAAACAGUACAAACUGAUCAAUAUCCAAUUUCUAAAGAUUGUUUCUCCAACAAUAAUGAAAAUAAUUCUGGUAAACUUAGCAGUCAAUUUGUUGGUGGAAUAAUGGCCCUUAUUAUGGGAAUUGUAACCAUGUUUCGCAUGACAAGUAACAUGCCAAGGAAAGUCACAGAAGCAGCACUUUAUGGUGGCAGCUCAGUGUAUUAUAAUGGCAAUAUGCUGAAAGCACCUGCCAUUUCUAGCAACGACUAUAUGGACAUAAUGAAACGCAUGGCUGAACUUGAAGAAAAGGUUGCUGUUCUCAGUGCUAGACCUGUCAUGCCUCCUGAAAAAGAAGAAAUGCUUAAUACUGCUCUAACCAGGGUCACUAGUCUUGAACAAGUCUUGGAUGCAACCAAAAAGGCACUAGAUGAUGCCCUUGCUAGACAAGAUGGUCUUCAAUCUCAAAUUGACAAGAAGAAAAAGAAGAAGAAGAAGUUGGUACGUUAUAUGUGUUGUGCAUUUCCAUAA